GUACAUUGUCUAUACGAAUGUAGCCCUUACACUGUUUUGUACUGUAUCUGAAUUAAUUAUCAAAAAUAGUUUCUGGUGUUUUGUCUUGUAAUCUGACACCGCAUGUUGGUCGUCCUUGUCGACUACUGUUCAUCCUAAUCGAUUCUUUGUUUAUUGAUUUCUUCAAAGUGAUCAUCCACGAAGUUUCCAUCUGUACUUCUUCCACCUCUCAACACAGUCACCAUCAGUGGUGGUUCUAAAUCUAAUCAUGUCGCAGAAACGGCAAAAGCAGGAUGAUACCGGUGUUUCAUCGCAGGAUGAACAUGAACAUGAACAGGAGGAUAACUCGUCGUCAUCGGAUGCGGGUGCUCGUCGAAAACGGCCUUCUUUCAGAAAUGCUGUGUUGGAGGUGAUGAAGUUUUGUACCAUUCACAAGUAUGUUGAGCCCGUUUUGGAGCCCUUGGUCCGAAGAGUAGUGAGAGAGGAAGUUGAAGUGGCACUGCAAAAACAUAUAGCUAACAUGAAGUGGGAUAGUGAGGAUGAGAUGGAAACUACGCUACCAAGGAAGUUAAAGUUACAGUUCUUAACUGCUUUGUCUCUUCCAGUUUUUACUGGAACCCGUAUCGAAGGAGAAGAUUGCAAUAUACUUAAAGUAGCAUUAAUCGAUUCACAUACGGGCAAAACCAUUUCCACCGGGAUUGAAUCAUCAUCAAAGGUGGAAAUAGUGGUUCUUGAGGGAGACUUCGGUGAUGACAUAGGUGACAAUUGGACGCUUGAAGAGUUUAAUGCUAAUAUUGUUAAAGAAAGACGCGGGAAAAAACCUCUUAUAAGUGGAAAUUCAUUGUUGAAUUUAAAAGAAGGCGUUGGUCUCGUGGGUGAGCUUUGUUUUACCGACAAUUCGAGCUGGACAAGGAGCCGUAAAUUCAGGUUGGGAGCUCGGGUUUUGGAUAAUUUAGAUGGAAUUAGAGUUAGAGAAGCAAUUUCAGAAUCGUUUGUUGUUAGAGAUCAUCGUGGGGAACUAUACAAGAAACACCACCCGCCUUAUCUGUGUGAUGAAGUAUGGAGACUCGAAAAAAUCAGCAAGGAUGGAGCUUUUCAUAAACGGUUGAACAAAGAAAAUGUCAAAACGGUGAAAGAUUUCUUAGUUCUUCUUUUCCUAGAUCCUACAACGCUUCGACAUAUCCUGGGCCCCGGUAUGUCUACAAAAAUGUGGGAAGUUGUUGUGGAGCAUGCCACAAGAUGUGUGAUAGAUGACAACAAAUUGUACUUGUAUUGUCCUCAAGCUCAUAAAAAAGACGGUGUUGUGUUUAAUGUUGUGGGACAAGUUCUCGGUCUUCUUUCAGACUGCAAGUACAUUGUUUCCAACAAGCUCCCAGAAACCGAAAAGGCCGAAGCGCAAAAAAUGGUACUAUACGCAUUUCAGCACUUGGACAAAGUUCUUCACUAUGACGAUGAAGCUUCUCUAAGAAACAGUAUUUGCUCUUUUACAAAAGACCUUUCCCCUUUACAUACCCAAACGAUGAACGAAAGCUUCGAAGGCAAUAACGCAAUCCCGAAAGGCCCGUUUGAUUACCCACAGGUGAACCCAACGUCCCCGGAUAUUAUCCGGUCCAGCUUGGGUGAAUAUGGCCCGGACCAAAUGGGCUCCAUAGAUGUGAGAUUUGAUCAACCGAUGGACUUUGAAUGCCGAGUGGAUAACACCUUGAUUUGUGACCCAAGCUCAUCAAUGCAUCUGCAGUAUCUUGGUGGUGGUUCACCCGGCGAACUGCAAUGUGCGGUUGACCGGUUUUUGUUUCCGUGUUCUGCCAUGGUCAAAGCUCAGAGGAGAUGGAAGAUUGUGUCGAGUGUUGUAAAAUGGUUCUCACUCAUGUUAAAGAUACAAAAGGGGGAUGUAUCGUCAAAUGAUCGGAUGUUUGAUCAAGAUACUCGGUUCUAGAGCAGCAGAAGUUCAAUCUGGAUCCGUGUGUGUAUAUAGCAAGUUGGAUUUUGGCUCAAGCGAUCCAGUGUUGGUCCACUCUGGUCAAUGAUUCGGAACACAUGUAGAUGGUGUUAAAUUUACUGGAAUCCUUAGCCAAAUUCUAAUCACCCGAAACACAUAGGUCAAUCUGAGCUCUUGAUCUACUUCUUGUGAUGAAGAUGACACCGGUCAAAGACUAUAAAACUUGGUGUCGCGAGGUGAUACAGUUUUCAUGUUGAUAGUGGCAAAAGUUGUUUUAUUUGUUAUUCUUUUCAUUUAUGUUGCGAUUGUUACUUCAGAAGUUCAAACUGCAUGGUUCGGGAUUGUUAUAGUCGAAUGAUAUCAUUGGUUUUUCCAUUGUGUCU